CUCACUUGUUCACCACCUCUAGCUUUUGUUUGUGAAUGAUGUUUCCUCUUUUCUAAAGGAGGACCAUUGCUCUUGUUCGUGUCAGUGGCGCUUCAAAACACAGUGGAUCUGGACACUCUUACUGAGUGACUGUGUUUCAGGCUUCGGGCUUGUUUGUUGUCUGGGGUAACGCUGUUGCUGGGGACGAUGUCUGAACACAUUCAGCUCUCAAUAGCGUUGUGUAGGAUUGGCCUUUACACGUGUCUCCAGAAGAUGUGCUGUAAGGAAUCUCCUCCACCCAGACCGGAAUAUGAUGUAGUGUGCAUCGGACUGAGUGGCGCAGGCAAGACCAGUCUGCUAUCUCGCUUAUGUAAUGAGAUCAGUGAUGGCGCUGUACAACCAACCGCAGGUUUCAGCAUCAAGGCAGUGGGAUUCGAAAACGCGAUCCUGAACGUGAAGGAGCUUGGAGGAGCAGAGACCAUCAAGAAGUACUGGAGUCGAUAUUACCAAGGUUCCCACGGUGUGGUUUUUGUCCUCAACAGCGCUGCAUCCGAUGACGAGAUGGAGGCAUCGCGAUCUGAGCUCCACCUGGCCCUGCAGCAUCCACAGCUGUGCACCCUCCCGUUUCUCAUCCUCGCCAACCACCAGGAUUCACCAGCUGCCCGUUCUGUACCGGAGAUACAGAAGUACUUCGAAUUGCAACCUCUGGCACGUGGGAGGAGAUGGAUUCUUACCGGCAGCACAACAAACAACAUGGAGGCAGUGAAGGAGAGUUUUAGUCAACUCAUCUGCCUUUUGGAAGAGGAGGUGCAACCUAGCAGGAUAUGAUUCAAUCAAACUUCAAAGUGGAAAGUGGGUUUGAAGUGUUGUUUGCUAGAAGGAAUCUUUUGGACCUCUCGCACGUAGAUGUUUUAUAACCCACUGGAGACAUAGAUGCAUGUUUUGAUGGUUUGGCAGACAUAUUUCUUAACCUUAGGUUAAGGUCCACACAUAUCCUGCUUUGGUAGGAGGUAAACCAAUGUCCUUUAAGGAUGUCAUUUUUUUUACCAUUAUUUGUAAUAGUAAUAAGCUAUUUGAAAAGCUAUUAUGUUGUUUUUAUGAAUAUGAUGUGUAUACGUUGUUUUUAUAUGAAUUUGUUUAUAUCUUAUGAGCUUGUAUAAAUUUGUAAAAAUUAAUUUUCACAACAAAUUCACAGUUCUGUAAGGAUUCGGUGUGGAAAAUUUUACAACAGAAUUUUCAGUCUUUUUGAACUGCACUUUCCAAGACUUAAAAAAUCAUGAAAUUGAAUAAAAUCUAAGAAAUAAUUUUUUUACAGGUGAAUAUAGUCAAUCACAAAUUAUAAAUUGCUUUAUAUUAUGAAGCAAUUCACUAGACAUUUUUUGGUCUGCGAACCAUGCUAUGAAUAUUAGGCUUUUUUAAAUUGAUCAAAUUUCGUAAUCUCUCAUACACUUUUUAAGUUGAUAGACUAUAGUUAUGCAAUUAGAAAGUUUUCCAAAACAAACUUUUGAGUUUUAUCAUACUGCUUAUUACUGUUUCCAAAUUAUGUUGUUAAUUUGGUUUGAAAAGACGACACACCCCUUUGCUUGGCACCGCAUAAGCUGUUUCAGGUUCAGGCUGGAAUACAAACUCUAUCAAUCAGUGUCCACAACAGCUGCAUUUGACAAGUCCCUGUCCGCCAGGCUUAAGCCCUCCAACUGUCUGUGAAGACUCUCCCUGUCUGCCACCUCACUCGCCCAGCCACGCUCUUCAGUCUCACCCGAUUCUUCCCGCUGGUAUUAUCCAAAUUCCUCUCCACAGAUUUAGAUUCCUGACUGUGCACCUUUCUGAUGUGUGAUAUUUUAUGUCUCACAGGUGUCUCGAAACUAUCAGAGUUGUUUAGGCGUCUGUCCCUUCAUUUGAGACACGCAUGCUAUUUUGUGUAUUUAUAGUAUGUCUUAGAUUUUGCCCGCCAAUUGCACUUGAUGUCUUAUUUUUGAAAAACAUAUUUGGGUGAUUCUCACGAAAUCCAGAUUUAGAAGGUGUCCAGCAUCAGAAUUUUUAAAAAGCCCUUGAAGCCAAUUAUUUUUUUGCACAUGUAAGAUUAAGGUCUGAACUUAC